UGGAACACUCGUACAAGCAUGGCAUCAUAUUGCCCUUCACUGAUGCCACCGGAGACCUUGAUGUACUCGUUGACGAGAAUCUGGAACACAAAGUCGCGGCUAAUCGCGUCGAUCUGGCUUCGUACUGUGGUGUAUGUAUGCCAUUUAUCGGGAAGGCGAAGAAGGCUCGACAGGAACGCGUUGGGCAUGGUAGUGGGCAAUUAAUGUCUGUUGCCUUUGGUGUUGGUGUUGGUGCAAAGAAAAGACCUUGACCUCAUGGCUGCACGGCUCCCGGGCCGUAAACCCGAACUCGCAGAUCGUCUGUCUGAGUCUCGUCUUGAACUUCAGCAUGCAAUGGCACUUCCAUCUGAGCUCAUCUCCUGCAUUCUCUUCGAACUGUGGUCCACUCAAUCCUCCACUUCCGAAUACGUCCAAACAUUCUCAACCUGCUCUCUUGUAUCUAAACAAUGGUCUGCCAUCAUCAAGGAGGUGAACUCCACGCAUUCCGUCAUCCCCUUUUCAUAUAGCGGAGAUUAUCUACAUACUAUCCGGUCAAUGUCAUCACUCGCUAAACCACUGCUCUGCCGUGCCAUAACAUUCAAAGUAGACUAUAUGCUAAAGCCAAAUGAUUCAAGAUGUGACCCCUCCAUUACAGCUAAUAGGGGGAUAGAAAUCGUGCUUCGAAGUUUAUUCAAUGGUCCUAAUCCACCCCCAGAUGGUACUCGCAUCUUCGUAGACUAUCUCGAUGAUCCUCGAGUUCAUGUCCCCCGCUUCUGGAUUCCUCCAGAGACCACCCAUCUGACCAUUGUAUAUCAUCGCCGGUGGUGGGUACCCGCCGGCCCCCAAACUGCGCACGACUGUCAAUGUGUCCGACCCAUCUUUAACCAACAAGUCAGCCAGCUCUGCAUUAUGGGAGCCACGGCUAUGAUAGUGGAGCGACUCUUAACCCCUCUCACCGAAUGGAAGUGUCUAGGAUCGCUGACUACAGAUGUACAACUUGAUAUUCCUGUUCCCUCUUUCACACAGCGGGUAACGUAUGAUUAUCCGGUGCAAGACGUAGGGCCAGAAUUCUUGUCUCGUGUCAUGUUUGGCGAACGGGGGUCAUGGCCAUUUUUGAUGGGAAGGGACGAUAUAUGGAACCACGGGUAUUCUCCCAUGUUUGAACAGGUCAUUCCUCUGGGCUCUGUGGGAUAUAUUGAUCCGUUCUCGAAGAAGUUUGUUAUAUUGUUCAAUGCCAUCGAUCCAGCGUCUUCAACGGAACCAAGAAUACGUCGGAUUCCUUCUAUCCUGAAGUGGGGUCGGACAAAAGUUGUCACGGACACAAAAUACUCCCCUUCCCCAGCAUGGGAUCAUGAAUACAAGAAGCCUGGAAUCCUUGGCAAGCUUGGAGUUUUGACCAAGGAAAGACCGUUCGUGUUUCUUCAUUGUGAAUAUCUAUCUGUACCUAAUAGAAGCAGAGUGCCUAGUAUCCCUCUGAAAUUCAGUGUAAAACAGAGACUUCAUCUCGGGCUCGGACGUGCUAUUUCUCGGCAACUUGUAGGAGACAGGCGCGGUUGGUCGCGCAAACACCGGCAGACGAUUACGGAUGUGUUCGGAGAACGUCAUCCCCAUAUCCGACAGCACAUGCCAGAGAUUGUUACAGCAACAGUAGACUCCUCGCAAUAUGUUUGGUUUGUGCCUCUUGGGCAUACUAUCCACAAUGACACGUUCUACUUUCAAGUCGAUCCCCAGGCUUCUCAUAAGCCUGGAAACCCUUGGGGAGAGAUCAAAUCUUAUAGGAUUUGUACUCUUUUACCCUCAGUUCCAUUCUCCUGGGGCCAUAUCUCCACUGUCGGGCAGUCCCCAAUGACUGUACAGAUUCGUUGUAAUUAUAUCGCGUACUAGGUUGACUGCGUUUCAAUGUAGGAAGCCGAUCUGUCCGUAUUUUCUUGUUCUUGUACUUUAACCUCCCACCGAAUAAAGACUCUAUUUGUUAUGUACAAUGCAGUCUGUAUCGCAAAUGUCGUUCUCAU